CACGUGUUCGUUGUUGUUUGCAGUAGGAAAGAACAAGACAUGCGGAAGCAUCUGAUGUGGUUCUUCUGACGUUAACUGUCAAUGUUUCUUUAUCAUAACGCAAAUUCGUCCACGAGGACACUCGUCCAGCAUUGUAGAUAAUCUUAUGUUUGUCUCAGAAGAAAGACGUUACCGUUUUGUGUGAAUCGGUGAAGCAACCAAGAAGUGAUCGAGCAACGUAGUCACUGCUACUGUGCAACCGUAUGUUAUGAAAGCACUUGUCGCUAGUCUUAGCAAAGCAACCGGGCUUUUUACUCUCCUGGCUGUUUUUACUGCAUUGCUUUUGAAUUAUUUAGACGACCCUGACCCGGCUGCAUACACGCACAGCAUGGCCGAGGACCUGAAAACCCAGGAGGAAAAUUUCAGACAGCAGAACAAGAGCUGUUUUGUUCUUGGUGCUUCUGGAGAAAGUGGCCAAAUGUUACUGAAGGAGCUGCUUCACCGCAACAUCUUUUCUAAAAUCACCCUCAUCGGGAGGAGACAGCUGAGCUUUGAGGAUAAAGCUCAUGAAAACCUGGUACAGGAGGUGGUGGACUUUGAGAAGCUUGAUGAUUAUGCUGCUGCCUUUCAGGGCCAUGAUGUUGGUUACUGCUGCCUGGGAACGACGCGGGCCAAAGCAGGUGUUGAUGGAUUUAUCCGAGUGGAUCAUGAUUAUGUUCUAAAAUCAGCAGAACUUGCAAAAGCUGGAGGAUGUACACAGUUCCACCUGGAGUCCUCAAGAGGAGCUGAUAAAAAUAGCAACUUCCUUUACCUCAAAGUUAAGGGUCAAGUGGAAGCAGAUAUUGAAGCACUGGGCUUUGAGCGAUAUGCCAUUUACAGACCAGGGGUUUUAUUGGUGGAUCGUCAGGAGAGUCGUCCAGCUGAGUGGCUGACCAGGAAGUUCUUUGGUGCAGUUUCUGCUGUGUGUUCCACAUCCAUGUCCAUCCCCAUUCAACUGGUGGCAAAAGCCAUGGUGACAAACACUUUACGUCAACCUGAGCAGAAGACAGAGAUACUGGAGAAUAAAGCCAUCACCAUUUUGGGGAAAACCCUAGAGAAAUAACUGAAACAAAUGUUGCCUUAUUUUCCCAAAGGAAACUAUUUAUUGAUUGAUAGUUAAAUAACUGUCAAUAUCUGCAUUUUUAGUUACCAUAAAAUAACAGUUUUUAAUGAUCAUGGUUUUAGGUGUUUCACAAAGGCUUUGAGCUUCUAAUGAUCUGAAUUCAUAUUUUGGGUUUUGUUUUUGUGGGACUUGGGCACUGAACAAUGAAAUAGAUUUUAUUUACUAGAAAUACUUUUGUUUACAGGGAAAAAUCAGAUAAGCACUUAUUACAUCAGGAUUUCUCAGGUCAUUAAAGUUUGAAUGUGUCAUAAAUAGGAGAGUGUCUCCGAAUGUACUGCACGCACAUGAAACAUUAGUUAAAUAUGUUAACAUGGACUUUGUUGUAACUAAUAAAACAUUUAUAUUGUCAUCAUGACACUGAA